GGCCUUUCAGGUGAGGGCGGCGUGAGAGACACGGAGGGCAGCCAAUGGGAGCGCCCCGUCCGCGGGAACCCGCCCCCCGGGCGCCUCCCUGCCUGGGAUUGGUGCGGGGGCGGGGCACAGUAGUUCCCCAGCCACGCGAACGGGGAUGUCAACCCUAGCAGGACCCCCUGGCUGGUUGCCAUGGAGACUGGGGGGGCGCCCCCUGGGCACCCACACCAGUCCACGGUGCCCUCUCCUUCUGGCGUGUGGUGGCUGUGGGCUGUCCUCGUAGCCUCCACUCCGGGACGAGUCUGCACCACGGGCGGCUCACGAAACCCCCAACUCACCCUCCUGGGUGGGCAGCGGAGGGCACCACAAAACCCCGGCUCGCGCAAUGUGAAAGGGCCCCACAGGGCGGGCGCUUCGCACAGUCUUCGGACACCUGAACGUCGCUCCGCGAAGAGCGGACUGGAGCCCGACUCCCUUGGAGGUCGCGUCUCCGCCUGCGACCGAGGGACGCCGCAGAGCCCCAGGGAAACUCCGCCGUCUCAGUCCCCGGCGGGAACGUCCCAGCAGGGGAAGCAAGAGCAAGGCUGAGCUGGCACGGUUUCAGCGGGUGUUGGGAAAUCCCACCUGGGCUGACAGAGGUCGAAAAAUCUCUCAAGAUUCCCCUAUACGAAUAGCCGAACCAACUGCAUGGUCUUUUAAGAGGUCAGAUGUUUGCACAGAUCCUGGAGAAAAGGAGAGUCUGGACUGGGUAAGCGCACUGGUGUUCUGGACCAUGGACUCGAUGAGAAUCUCCCUAGUGUGAAAAUGUCGAGCAGCAACCGGGAAUUAGUGAUUGACUUUAUAUCCUACAAGCUGUCACAGCGAGGACACAGCUGGAGUCAGCUUGAGGGGCAGGAUGAGACCAGGACUGAGUUUGCAGAAGAGGAGGACAUGGCAAGUGUCCCAAACGGGAGUCCGUCCUGGCAUCCCGCUGCCAGCCACGUAGUGAAUGGGGCUGCUGGACACAGGAACAACCUGGAAGCCCAGGAGAGUGUUCCGGCGGCUGAAGUGCGGCAGGCGCUAAGGGAGGCGGGAGACGAGUUUGAGCUGAGGUACCGCAGGGCCUUCAGCGACCUCACAUCCCAGCUCCACAUCACCCCUGGCACAGCAUACCAGAGCUUCGAGCAGGUGGUGAAUGAACUGUUCCGGGAUGGAGUGAACUGGGGGCGCAUUGUGGCCUUUUUCUCCUUCGGAGGGGCCUUGUGUGUGGAGAGCGUCGACAAGGAAAUGCAGGUGCUGGUUGGACGUAUUGUCUCGUGGAUGACCACCUACCUGACCGACCACCUCGACCCCUGGAUCCAGGAGAACGGCGGUUGGGAGCGGUUCGUGGAUCUCUAUGGCGAUGACGCUGCAGCCAAGAGCAGGCGGGGCCAGGAGCGUUUCAACAAGUGGCUCCUGACCGGGGCCACGGUGGCCGGCGUGCUUCUGCUGGGCUCUCUGCUCAGCCGCAAGUAGCUGGCGUGGCCCCCUCCCCGCCCGGGCGCCCUCCCCCAUGACCAGGCACCCACAACACUGUAUGGCAGCAGGAACAUUCCAGGGGCAGCGCCCCUGCCCACCCCCACCCCACCCAGCAUCCAGGCGUGAUUCCCAGGUGCCCCUUGCCCCUGGCACUCGCUGUCCUGCCGCUGAGACCAAUGCAGCGUGCGCCUCUGGGCUGGGGGCCCCAGGCCCCCCCCACCUCCAACCACAGCAUGGAGGGGAACACCUCCCUUUCCCCCCCGCAGGAUCCUUAGAGGUAUCUUCUGUUAGAAUAAACAGACUUGUUGGUGUGUGUGUGUGUGUGUGUGUGUGUGUGUAGCUGUCGCUAAUACCAAGCCUUGUGGGUGGGGAUAGGAGCCAGGGACCAUUUCCAUCCCCCCCUCCAGGCUUCCUGUGCGUGUGUUGUGGAUCUAGGGAGGUUGGUACCACCUUUGCCGUCCACCUGUGGCCCUGGGAGGGGCUCUGAGCUGGCGGCAGUGCAGGGGACAUAGUGAGGCAUGUGUCUGCCUAACAAAAUGACCCACUCCCAGGGCCCCUGUAAGGCAACUAUUGCCUGGGAGUGGGACCAUGCCUGGCACCAGUCGGAAGGGGUCAGGGCAGCACAGAGUCAGUGCAUGGUUGUUCCCUCUGCCAUGGGGACCGCUCUCCAUGCCCCAGCCUGCUCUCCCUGCUGCUGGCUCCCUGUCUCCAAGGGGCAGGGCCAGGCCCUACUCUGAGUCUUGUGACAGGGCCUGGCCCUACCUCCCUGCUCUCCCCCUCUGAAAGUGGCUGGCUGCGGUGGCACCGUCCCUGCAUCCGCUGCUGCUCCGACCAUCCCCAGCCCCCAGCAGGUAACCUGCUUUGCUCUGCUAUUAGCAGCUGUGCGCAUGCUGCAGAGACCCUCCAGGCACUUGGGCCAGGGCAUGGAAAGGGGCUAGUGCUCCUGCCCCAGGCAGGGCAGACAGGAGCUGAAAAUGCUGCAAAGGCAGGAAGAUCUGGGCAGAGGAAAAACACAGUGCCAGCAGCCGCACCAGGGAGGUGUUUACCUCGGCUCAUGUCUGCUGGCACAGCUCCCCCAGGGGCCCAGGUGGCGGCUUCCCAAGCCCCUUCCAGCAAGCGCAGAAAUAAACAGGGCUGCACUAGGGGGGCAGGGGGAGCAGCACACCCUCUCAUCUGCCUGCCCUGCCCCUGCAGGAGUGCUUGGCUGGGGGGUACCCCCAAGGGGCAAGCCUGAUAGCAUUCCCCUCCCUGGGCCCAGUGGGAGGCGGGAAAUAAAUGUCUCAGGAAACCAGGGAGCCUGGCAGCUGCCACACGGCUGUGGCUAAGGCCCAGAGAGAGAGUGUGUGUGUGUGUGUGUGCGUGUGCGUGUGUGCGUGCAGGGUGAGCUGAGCAGCAGCAGGGUGGCCCUGGAGGUGGGGGUGGGGGAAAAAGGGGGCAGGGGGCUGCUGGAAACAUUGCUUGAGGUUUCUCAGGUGAGCUCCAAGACUUGGUCCCAGGGCACACACGCCUGGGGCAGGGCUCGGUGUGGGGAGGGUGAAUCUCUCAGGCAGGCUGCAGCUUCAGAGCUGGGGGUGCUCGUCAGCCUCAUUUUCAGCAUGGCUGCACCUUUUGGGAGAGCUCCUGCCUGCCCUUCUCCCCCCAGCCCUCCACCAGCACCCCCAGCCCACUGUGCUCCCCCCACGGGCCAGCUGCUCUGGCAGCUCCUGGGGCAGGUGUGGGAGUGAGAAGCAUGUAGCACCAGUUAUCCCCCUUGGGCAAGGGAUAGUCCCAGCCCUGGCCGGGGGCAUGAGUUCCCCGUGCAGCUGUCUGAGGACGCAGCCCCGCGGCUGG